AGUGAUCUCUUGUGCACUGACACCAUUUUGAUCAACAUUCGAGGUGUAGUGUUUCAGAUAAUUUUGUUUUCUGUUGAAACAAUUUUUUAUUUCUUGUAGCAAACGGCCAUAAAUGUCCGGCAAGAUAUUCUGCUUGUUGGGCUUUUUUGCAAGCUUGAUCUGACCUCUGUAAUACAGUGCCGAUAAACGUGCUACCACGACGUUUCGCUACAGUAGCUACUGCGGUAGCUUGUUAGCUAGCCAGCUAACAUAGUCAGGCCUAUUGAAGCAUCGGAAUAUGCGACGGAUUGCACAUUUCCGAAAUAUUUAGAUUGUUGUUGAUGAAAUAGCUAUAAAUCUGAUCAUAGGCAGGGCUUAUCUGCACCGUUGAUUUAUCUGCCAUUGUGUCUUGAAUUUGGACACAUGGACGGCGAAGAGGAUGAUUUCAUGUCUGGAAACCACUCGGAUGAUGGCGGUGGCACGCCAGUUCAGGACGAACAUGCCCCUUGUUCUGACGGCGAGGAGAUGAGGAGCGAGCGACAUCAUUCAGAGGAUGAGGGCGAUGGAGCUGGCCAUGUCAUGGGGAGGAAUGGUACGGCUAGCGGCUCAGACAACGAGGGAAACAAAGACGCGGACAGCAUCUCUGAGGGGGAGGCAGCAGCACACAACAGCGACUCAGAGGCAGAGCCUCCCCAACCUGUAGACAGCGACGAGGAGUCACCACUCAAGCGAAGAGCCACAACAUCUGACAACGAGGGUUCCCCAGUCAAACGUCUUGGCAGCCCAUCAGACAACAAGGGCUCUCCAGGCCAUCGACCAGGGACCCCAUCAGACAAUGAGGAGUCUCCCAUCAAGGAAAGAGACAUUACAUUUGACAAUGAGGGGUCCCCAGUCAAACGUCAAGGAAGCACCUCUGACAUGGAGGAGUCAGGGCCAAAAGUGCCCGGGAGUGACUCUGAACAUGAGGACCACCCCCAGCCUCAGGCUAGGCAGUCAAAUGCAGGCAGUGACUCUGACACAGAAGUGCCAAAACACAAGAAACCGAUAGAGUCUGAUGACGAGGAGACUGAGAAACCAGAGGAGGGAAAAGGCAAGUGGAAGGCCGUGAUGCACUCAGACAGCGAGGACGAGGAGGAAGGUCCGAUGAAGGCGGCAGGCAGUGACCAGGAGGGGGAGAGUCGACUCCAACCAACAGCCAAUGAUAGUGAGGAUAAUGAAGACAAGCCUGUAAAGAGAAAGAAAGCCAUUCUGUCAGACAGCGAAGAUGAGGAAGAGAAAGCUGACAAACCAGCUGCAAAGAAGAACCGUGCCGUCUCUGACGACGACAACUCAGACAGCGACGCUGGGUCGGAUGCACCUGACAAGAGCAUGGCUGCCAAACUCAGGGAACUGGGAUCCGACAGUGAGGAUGAGGAAGACAAGGAUGGGGCAGAAAAGAAGGAUGAGAAAACGCUAUUUGGCAGCGACAGUGACUCUGGAGAUGAAGAGGAGAAAAUGAUUGCAGACAUCUUCGGGGAAUCUGGAGAUGAGGAAGGAGAAGAGUUUACGGGUUUCAACCAGGAGGAUCUGGAGGGAGAGAAAAACAAAGCACAGGCGUCUGCCAAGAAGGCUGUGGAGGACGACUCUGACUCCGAUGACGGCGUGGAUCGAGGCGGCAAAGACACCAGUUUCAUGUCCGACUUUGACGUGAUGCUGGCCCGCAAAAAGGCCCAGAGUGGGAAGAGGAGAAGGAACCGGGACGGCGGGACGUUCAUCAGUGACGCUGACGAUGUGGUCAGCGCCAUGAUCACCAAGAUGAACGAGGCGGCAGAGGAGGAUAGAACACUGAACAGUCAGAAGAAACCAGCACUCAAAAAGCUGACCCUUCUCCCUACAGUGGUCAUGCACCUAAAAAAACAGGAUCUCAAGGAGACUUUCAUCGACAGUGGCGUGAUGUCCGCUAUCAAGGAGUGGAUCAGCCCUCUCCCAGACAAGAGUCUCCCCGCUCUCAAAAUCAGAGAGGAACUCCUCAGGAUUCUACAGGAACUUCCCAGUGUAAGCCAGGAGACUCUCAAACACAGUGGGAUUGGCCGGUCUGUGAUGUUCCUGUACAAACACCCCAAAGAGUCACGCCCCAACAAGGACGUCGCCCUCAAGCUCAUCAAUGAGUGGUCGCGACCCAUAUUUGGCUUGACCUCCAACUACAAGGGUAUGACCAGAGAGGAGAGACAACAGAGAGACCUCGACCAGCAGAUGCCUCAGCGCAGACGCCUCAGCUCAGGGGGUCAGACUCCACGCAGAGAUCUAGAGAAAGUGCUGACAGGGGAGGAGAAAGCCCUACGUCCUGGAGACCCAGGGUUCUGUGCCCGUGCUAGGGUUCCCAUGCCAUCCAACAAGGACUAUGUGGUUCGGCCCAAAUGGAACGUGGAGGUCGAGUCCAGCCGGAGUGGCUUUAAGAAAGGGCUGAGUCGAUUGGAGAAGCACAAGCGGCGCAUUGCAGAGGAGAGGAAGAGAAGGCGCCUACAGGGAGCGGUGAAGAUCAGUGUGGAGGGAAACCAUAUGCCCCUAUAGUACCUACUAUCACCACUGGGGGGCAGGUCCAUUAAAGAAAGGCAUGUCUCGGGUGGACAAACAGAUGCGUCGUUUUGCAGACAUCAAGCGUAUGAAAAAGACGGGCCACGCCGUGAAGAUCAGCGUCCAGGGAAACCACAUGCCCCUCUGAUAUUUUAAAGUGUUUAGUAGUUAUUUUUUCCUCUGCUUUUGUUGCUUUAAGGUCAUUUUAAGCCUCACUCUGCCCGGCCUGAGUCUUUGAAUGUAUGAUAAUGUCUUCACAGGCUUGGCCGGUCCUCAUCAGUCCUUUGGACUUCUAGGACACAUAUUGUCCAUUUCAUGUAUGUUAACCCUCUACAGGAGCAGUCUGGAUAUGUCUCCACAGUGUGCCAGCUCAGAUGUUACUUUCCUAAUAAAGAGGGUUCCACCAUCCUU